CCCGUUCACCCGUUAUGUCAGUUUGGCUUGCGCAGGCAGGUGGCGUUGUCGUGACGAUCGUCCGCGCAAGCGCGCUCAGCUGAGGUGGCUGAAUGGACAUUGACAGAUCAGUUAAAUAAUUAUAAUUUAUUUUAUAAUACUAAAAAAAUAAACCUAAUCAAUUAAACAAACUUGGGCUUUUAUUAAAAAAAAGUGUUACAAAGAUUUGGCAUUGUCGAGUUUGUAUUGUGAACAAUCAAAGAAGAAGAGUUUUUAUAAAAAAUCGAUGAUAUUAAAACGAAAGAUCGUAUUUUCGUUGAUAUUUGUGUGUUAAACGACUUUAGUUUUGCAACAAGUGUGAGCCCCGCUAGUCGUGCUGAGAACGGGUUUCGGGACCGUUGGGUUUUUUGUUUAUGUAUAUUUGUUUGUGGUAUAUAUAUUUUGCGAGUGAGUGUGGAGUGUCCGUUAGUGAUGCUGCAAUCGGGUGCAAGUGGUGACCGCUGAGCCGUCAUCUCGCCAGCGUUGCUCGGUAAUUAAGGCAGUCACAGGUUGCGGAUUAAGAUUGUCAGAAGCCAGUGUUAGCAGCGGAGUCUCGAGUGACGGCUGUUCGAAUGAUGAGCGGCGCAGGCGUCGGCCCCUGCACUCCGCGCCCGCCCCGGCUGCCCCACCCGAGACAUGGCCGCCCUAUCCUGCUACCAGCCUUGCAGGUCGCACCUUGCGCAACCCGCUAGGUGUUUAGACGACGACGAAGACUGUCACCAAUCAGUGAAUUUCUCGCUUCGGCGGCAGCAGUUUAUCGAGAGAUGCCACGAGGCCCGGGGCCUUCGCCCCCGUGACCAGAUCCCCGAGGUGUCAGUCAAGAGGACCAGGGAGGAGCUCGCGAAGCAUGCGUCACAAGCCACGCCGCUAAACCGCCGGCUUAACGUGGAAGCCGGCUGGUCCAAGGUCGAGGAAGUGCGCAAGAAAUUUGAAGGAGCUGCCAAUUGCCCGUCGUUUUCGAGGUCCUUUGAGUCGCCGCCUAGGCGUCGUCUCGCAGACUCUCUAUUCGCCAGCUUCAAGCUCCCACGCAAAGCAAGGGACGGUAUGGCGGCUCCGCGCUCCCUAGCGCCGCCUCAGCAGCAGAAACGCAAGUCCGCUGUCGAACUGCUGGCAGAAACCAAGGCCUUCUAUGUCAAGUCUGAGACUGUGCUGGAUAGGAAGCAGGAACUGCCUUUGAGGAUGAGCAGUGGCCUGGGGCAGGCGAUAGCUGCCGGUGGCUGCCACCUCGUCAGCUCCGGCACCUUGAACGAUGCUUGCUGCAAUCCUUACGGCACAACCCGCAGCAUGGGCGGCGGGCGGCGCGCAGUCAGCGCGGGCGAGGGCCUGCAGCACACGCUGCGGCGUCUGCUCGAGCAUGCCGACAGCAGGGAGAACGUCUACUCGCCGCCUUUCGCUGUUUGUACACUUUCAGCGCACAAAGUAUACGCUGACACAAGACGGCUAAAGGACUCAUACCCUGAACGGGAGACCAUGCCUCGUUCCCAGCACAACUCAGGCACCUUCUCCGGGACCUUCUCAGGGACCUCCUCCUCAGGGACCUCAGGGUCCAAGGCCCAGAAGUCGGACCCUGACCACAGGGACAAGAUGAACAGGCCUCUGAGCUUUGGAGACGCGAGGGUGUUCUUCCCGGAGUCUUUUGUUAUACCUCGGCAGAGACCCAGUGAGGUGGUGAUCAAGAGUGGAUAUUCUAUGCCGAGUUCCCACUCAAGCCCGGAGAACAUGGAGUUACCAGAGCCGGUAGGGAGCGGGUCGGGGUCCCCGGCGGACCCCGUGGCCGCCAUUUCCCCGCCCGCGCAGUACGCACACUCCGCACCACGGUACAUCAGGUCGAACUCCCACUCGCAGCCGAGCAUGCGCGAGGAUGACAGCGGCUGCCCCAACAUCAACAGCCACAAGUCGCUGCCCGACCUGCACACGCAGACACGCUGCUAUCCUGAACAUGCUAACGCUGGCCACACAGACACCCUGGGCCGGUCCCCGCGCCGGCGCCGCCACUCCACGCACCAGCGCACGGCGUCGUGCUCGUCCAAGGGCACGCGCUCCAACCACUCCUCGCUCAUGUCCUGCGACGCCUUCUCCGAGCACCCCUCGCCGGGGGACGACAACUAUCAGUCUUAUAACAGUCGUUGCGGUUCAUCGUUCGCCCGCGACUCGGGCGGCUCGAGCGGGCACUACACGCAGCGCAGCGCCCCCGCGCACUCGCAGCAGCAGCAUCGACGCACCGACUCCGGCUCUUCUACGCAACAUGAACAUGCCAGCCGCUACAACUCCUACGUGUCAGAGUACGGGGCAUCCCUGGAGUGCUACGUGUCGGCGCCGCCGCAGUUCCAGGACGGCGCCCCCUCGCCCCCCGCGCCGCCCCCGCCGCCGCCCCACCGCCAUCACCACCACUACGCACAUGCACCCAGAGUGGGGAUACACUUCCAGGCCAGCGCUCCGCCCCCACAGUUCCAGGACGAGCCCCCGGGGUACGACUACGGCGACUACGAGUGCACCUACAAGGCGCCGCUCAAGUGCCUCAGCGUCGGACGGAAGGAUGUGCCCCGGGACUACCCCAGGUACCACGAGCCGAGCACGGAGCUGGUGAGCAAGCAGCCGCACUACCAGGAGCUGCGCGUGAGGAGUCGUCCUGAUGACAACCAGGACUAUGUCAACGCUACGCAGAUAUGUCCGCCGGAGGAGGUGACGUCACCACUCGGCACGUUCAAGCGGCAGCGGUGUCUGCGCUACAAGCAGAGGCGUCCCAGACCUAUACUCCGGUCCAAAUCCGAUAUCUCUGACAGGUACAGACGCACAGACGGGCGCAGCCCCGCCUCAGCCCCCUGCGAGGGCGAGGAGUCUCCCGACAGCCCCUCAGAGGAAGCCUCGCGUCUGCAGGACUUCUUCGAGCGCCUCGGCCUCGAGCCCCGGCAGUACGACGCGCUAGUCCGGGAUGCAGUCCCGGACAGUCCCGUGUUCUUCUCGUCGGCAUCCACUGUGGAUUCCAACCAGUUGGCUGCUACUGCUGAUUAUACGGUGCAAGGCCCAGGCGGCGUUCAGAAACAAAUCUACCGCAACACAGAGCCACCUAGCGUCGUGGAACGGAACGCUCGCAUCAUCAAAUGGCUUUGCCAAUGUCGGAAAACGCAAAUGCAAACACCACAGUGAACACAAACACUUACGGUGGAUUCCUAUAAGCUAUCUAUCCAUCAAUUUGGCUGUUAGAGAUUGAAUAUUGACUAUCAGCUCAUUAUGUCAACGUCAAAUAAUGGAUAGAUAGGUUUUAGUAGUUAGAUAGGUACAACACUAGUACUCAAUUAGUUUGAUCCGAAAACAUUCAAAAGAUGCUAAUAUUUAUUAUAGGACCCAAUCGAAUUAAAGUCAGAAUUUUCGGAAGAAUAUACGCUCAAUGACUGACUUGAAAUAUCGAUUAAGUAAAAUCGUAUACCUAAGCUUAAAAUGCUUCUUAAAGAUUCUAUUAAUAUACAAGUUGUGAAAUAGGGGAUGCUACUAAAAUUAAUUACUAUCUCUAAUUUUUACGGUUAGCUACUCGAGUAAAAACAUAACCCUGCAGUCGGGUAAAAUGUCAUUCGAUUAAUCGAAAUAAAAUCGACUAAAUAAAAUGAAAAAUCGACUAUGGUAUGUUACUACUAAAUUGUAAUAAACCCAUGAGAGAACCAAAUGUUGCUCAUACGUCAAUAUAGAUGACGCUUAAAUCUAAUUUCUAAGACUAGAUUUAGGAGAUUAAAAGAUAGAUUUCGAUAAUUACAUAAAUUCAUUGAAAAAUUCUUUGCAAAGAUAAUAAAUUAAAUUUAUUGAGAUCUGGUCCAGAUAACACAGGUUUGUGUGAAAUAAAUAAAAUGUAAUAAUCUACGCUUUGCUUCUAUAAAAAAAAACAGUAUUAAUGUAAAAGUCUGAGAUCAAAUAAUCAUAAAUCCAGCCCA